AUGCGAAGGGAAACGUCGUCGUCCUCAUCUGAAGAUGAAGAAGACACAUCAUCUGAGGAGGAAACAUCAUCUUCAGCUCAGCAGAAAUUUCAGUGGCUUCAGGAACAAAUGAUUUCAUUUCAGCAGCGACUGAAUGAACUGCAGCUGAAUGUGAGUGCGCCUAAACGAAAAUCGCAAAUCUGCCGGGAAAUUCAGCAGAAGAUAUAUUUACUUAAGGAAAGAAUGAGUAUAAUUCAGCAAGAGAUGGAUACUUAUCAGCAGAACGAAGGGCAACAAACAGAGGAUUUAGAUCCUCCCGAUCAACCAUCUGUUUCUCCACAGCAAGAGAUGGAUACUUAUCAGCAGAACGAAGGGCAACAAACAGAGGAUUUAGAUCCUCCCGAUCAACCAUCUGUUUCUCCACAGCACACUCCUCCACAGUCACCGAAGUACUCUCCCCCACCGCUGGAGCCGCGAGUAUUGCGGCCUCGUACAACAAAACCGACACCGGGGACAUCUUCACGCGGCAGAGGGAGACCACGUCGAAGCAGCGUGAGCCGUGAUUACGUUGCAGAAUGGAGCUCAGAGGACAUCCCUUUGCAGCCACUGGAGCAGAGCGCGGGUUACGCAGUAGCGGGACCCUCAGGAAUACGUAGACCCUCCAGGAAGCCUAGAGACCGCCAGUCAAGCGAUGAUGAUUUGAGCUCAGGCGAUACCCCAAAGCAGCAGCCGGAUUACGCAGUAGCAGCACCCUCCGGAGUGCCGGGCCCAUCCAGAAAGCGGGGACGCUACAGAAAGCCGAAUGACCGCAAGUCAAGCGAUAACGAUUCGAGCUCAGGCGAUACCCCAAAGCAGCCGCCGGAUUACGCAGUAGCAGGACCCUCCGGAGUGCUGGGACCAUCCAGAAAGAGGGGACGCUACAGAGAGCCGAAUGACCGUCAGUCUUGCGAUAACGGUUUGGGCAAAGGCAGUCGGGCAAUGGAGCAGCAGAAACCGUUAGUGCGGGUGCAGGGAACUCCAGGGAAUGCUGGACAGAUGCACCACACUGCAGCCGCCGCCGAUGGGCCAGCACGCCACCUAAGGUUGGCAGAUGCCAAACGAAUCCAACCGCGUGCCCCUGCGACGGUUGAUGACCCGACGACUGAAAGAGCGCCUUUCGCUUCUGCAGUACAGGAGGAGAGGCAGCCGCUGUUGCGUGCAUUGCUAUCAGCUAAGCCGGCAUCAGAGAGCACAAUACAGUCACCUGUGGCUACUAGCAAUGUACGCCCGCACUGUAAAGGAUACAGAAAACCGAAAACUGAGUGGAUGUUACGCGCACCACUGGUAACAGAUUCCCCACCUACGGAGCAGCAGACAGUCUCAGACAUGCUGCCAGAAUUACAAAGAUCUGAAAGACGUCGUUCCAGUCCAACAUCAGAGACGCUUGAAUCACCGACGACGCAGCAGCAGACGUCCAGAUUCGUGAACGAAGGAGUGACAAGUUCGCUAGAUACAUUGGCUGCAACUGCCUGCGCAGUGAAAAUGCAACAGUCAGUAUCAAAACGAUCUGAAAUACAGGCUACAGACUCAGCGCCACCAACGUUUGAUUCGCUGAUUACACAACAACAAACAUCCACCUUUGUGAACAAACCAGAGCCGAUGAGCGGAUACUCUCUAGAAACCUUAGCGGCAGCUGCUAGCUUAUUGGAACUACACAAACAUGAAACACAGCGUACCGCUGCAACGACGGAAUUCCCGAAACCACCGCCGCGGAAGUCCACGCCACAAACUCAAAAAGUGUCAAGUUUCCGACGGUAUUUGGAGCCUCCCACAACUGCUGGCAACUCACUACUACCGCAGCCUCAGUUACGUACGGCGUCAGCCACGCCGACACACUCUCAGCUUCCGUCCGACAACUCAUCGGUUCAGCUUGUAGAAGCAGAUUCUGGUACAAAAGAGAAGCAAGCGUUUGCUCGCGCCUGGGAAGACCCACACGGCACGGCAGCCCGCGCAGCGAGUUCUGUGCGUGGUCAGUUUGAUAACCGCGCCUGGUACCAGCCUAUAUCAGGACGUCCCCAAUCACCGCUGCUUACUGAAGUUGACUCGACCACGGAUCCUCCGAGAGCGACAAGGACGGAGAUUUGGAAUCCAAGGGACGAUGCACCACAGGUCUCAUGGCCGUGGACUACGACACAAGAGUCGGCAGCCCAAAUGGUGCCGCCAGAGGCCAUCUUUUCAGGUGAAUCUGCGUCUCAGAAGAAAUCAGACAGCCUGCCUCCUCAUUACUCGCUGAGUUCGAGGCCACUGCCGUAUUUGGUCCUCAAGCUUUGUUCCAACAAGAUAACACCGAACGCCAUGGUACUCAGGCUGUCGAAGUCUCCUCCACAGCACAAAAAGAAAAGCUUCAUCGUUGACCUUGUAGAUUACAAGAAAUUUCGCCGACCUAUAGCUUACGAUCGCUUGAAUAUUCGCUCCUGGACCGUAGAACUGUUUGGUAUUUUUGCAGAGGACCGCGCUGGCACGCAUGACACCUGGCAAGCAUCAUUCUCAGUUGUGCCUGAAAUGCCGAAAACAGUGCCACCGUCAGUUUCUAGAAACGGGCAUCAGAUUACAUCCACCGAUGUGAUGAAUCCUUUCAUACCCCUGGCUUCGAGACAGACAGUACUGAAGGCAAUGCAUAAUCAUACAUGUAUUUCAAAACCAUCACUGAAUCAAAUGAUAGCCCCGGACAUAGAUCACAUGCCGAAUCUGAUGCCACCACCGAACUCUACAUACGUGCCAAAGUCGUUGGCGAACAAGAUACCGUUUUGGCACGAGUCAGACGUUGCAGAUGUGAUGCCGCAGCUUGUCUCUACAUGUGUACCAAAGAGGGGACGACAAAAAAUACGUAAUCUUACUUCAGAAACGGAGCCGUCACUGCAGGGAACCUCUGCGGGAACGCCGUCGGAGCGACGUCCACGGCGGCCCCGAGGUCGACCUUGCAGGAGAGGGUCUGCAAGAUACCCUGCCCAAUAUUCAGUCGUGUCCACGGCACAAUGUUCUCCACAGCUUACAGCUCAGUGUUGUGCUCAGCCUGCACCUACAACUCCUGCUCAGUCUUCAGAACAGGUGACAGGUCUUUCAUCCAUUCGACAUGCAGCGCAGCGGCCAAAGACGCCUCUGGAAAAAAACCGGGAACAAUUCCCACAGCAAGCUCCGCCAGAGCCCAAGAUGCAACAACAGAGGCGACGUAUGGGCAAAAAUUUGGGACGAGUUCGAGGCCAACGUUCUGCAAAAUAUGUGGCAGGUACUACGGUGCAACCAUCGGAGAAGCUUCCAGUGGCAGUGAAGCCAGUUCCAGCAGAGCACCGCGUAAAGAUGCUCGCCCCACUGUUGUUUAACCCUCCAGCUAUUCAUUUUGUUGUUCAAAAGCUACAUUGGACCUAUCUCCCACGAAUAGCGACUGUGUACGGCGACCCACGCCGGGCGCCACAGGCAAUUGAGACAUUGGUAGAUGGCCCACAGGAAGUGCCAAUGCCACGACCGGCACAUCUGCUGCAGCUGACACACCUCUUCAUGAAGUACAGUGUUCCACAGUGCCCACCUGCCCCUUAUGCCAUCCCGCUCCGACCACCGCUGGAGCGUGGCGGCCAUCAGCGGAAGACCAGUGACGUCAUCCAAAUGGCCGACCGUGCAACAGCUGAUCUUGCUGUUAGUGUUGCCAUCUCCUUAUCCGUGCGCGAAGAUCCAAUGUCGGAGUAA